AUGACAUCACCAGUCAACCAUCUAACGUACUGUUCAGCCGUAAACGGCGCUAUAGUAGAAGCUUUUGAUUGGCUUUUGAUCGAGCAUGGAACUAUGGAAGACUUUAUUUCACAUGUUAAGAGGUCUCCUGAAAUAAUCAAUGAGAUUUAUCCUUAUUUUAAGAAUUGUCGCUCUAAUCUUAAUGCAAAUAUUUCCGAAUUUCCCCCGCAUGAUGAUAGCUUAAUAAAUGUUAAAGAUUGUGCGAAUUGCGACGAAAAUUUGGGUAACAUUGUAAAUAUUAUGGUCUCCUAUGAUAUGGGAUGGAGCAAACGAGGAAACGGAAGGAGUUAUGACAGCCUCAAUGGUUACGGCGCUAUCAUUGGUUUCCUUAGUGAACAAAUUUUGGAUUUCUCCACCCAUAAUCGUAAAUGUAAAAAAUGCGAUAUGGGUCACUCGAGCAUUGAGCACGAUUGUAGGAAAAAUUUCAAAGGAAGUGCUAAGGCAAUGGAGGCAGAUGCACAUGCUGAAUUAGUAAACCGUAGCAAUAUUCUCAAAGAGGCAGGACUCAGUGUCCGUGUCUUAAUUGGUGAUGAGGAUAGUAGCACUAUCGCAUCAGUGCGUAGCGAAAGCUCACAACACGCAGAAAGUUCAUCUAUUGAUAUUGAUGUCUCACUUGUCGAAACUACGUCUCAAAAUCUUGAAAAAUCCCCUAAUGAUUACAAAAUCGUCUAUUUCAAUUUGGAAACAUCAGGUUUUAGUGAAACUGCAGACGUUCUGCAGAUUGCAGUUAAAUGUGGGGAACAAAAUUUUUCAGUAUACGUGAAUCCUACACAAUCAAUCGCAGAAGGUGCAUCUAAAGUCACUGGUUUAAAUAAUAUUAAUGGAGAAUUGUUUUUGCAUGAUGAAAUUACCAACACUGACGAAGAAAAAAUGGACAGUAAAGCAAAAGCAUUGGAAGAAUUGAACGAAUUGGGAGAAACUUUACUUAAACAAAGUUUAUCGGGUACAGUGUCAACUACACGCUUGUCACAAAGCAAAACAAAUAAUAGCGUGACAAAAAUUCAAAGCAUCUACGAUCCUAUUCGUAAACAAAAUUUAUCUUAUGACUCUAAUAACGUAUCACAACAUAUCACAACGGAACAGUCAAAUACAAAAAAAUGUGAAAGAAAUAGUAAUUUGGACAUUUUGGUAUCUUCGAAUUCGUCAAAAAUGAAUAUGACUGUUGAUUUGUGCAAGAAAAAUUGUAAUUCAGAAAUAAUGGAUGCGAAAAUACAGCAGCAAGAAAUGACGCAAUUGUGUAAUGGUAUGUCAAGGAUAGCAAAUACUGAACCUGAAAUCAAAUCAUUGACUGACUUAUCACUGUCUGCCUUGAAGACAUUAAACCAGCGGCUCCCGGGAGAUUUUGUAGAAUUUCACCCGUCUCACCGACGUCGCAACAACCACGAGAAGAGGACCACGAGGGCAGAGAAGGCACCACUGAGGAAGCAAUACACAGGUCGUAUUUUAGUCCGCGUUCCUUUCCGUACUUUGAGAGCAAUUAAGCUGCCGAGCUUCCUUACAGAUUCCGGUGCGAGCCAGCUAAGGCGAGAAUACAGGGGAUGGCCACUCUACGCCCUAGAUCGGGCGAGAGACCCCGCAGUCGGAAUCGAGCCAGGGCGCCCCAAGGAUGAGAUCUGCCGCCAGGAACAGCUCCUCACGAGAAUGAGUCCCGUAGGACCAGCCACCUGA